AAAAGGGCAAUUUUUUUUAAUGGCUAUAUCUAUAACCGUGUUGGCGUUGUGAACUUGAUGAGACAAUUCAAUGGAGGAAAGGAGUUACUAAGACUUGCAGUUACAAGAUUUGCAACUGCCUUCAUCACCCUUUGUUCAAUCCACCUUCAAAAGAACAACUUAAGGAAGAUGUUUACUUUUGAAGAUUGGAAUACUACUAAAUGGGCAAAGGAGGCAGCUGGCAAAACAACAGCUACUAUUGUUUUGAUGCCUACUUUUUGGAGUACCAUCGUCUAUGCUCUUAAGUUAACAGGUCCACUUGUUCGUGUACUUCGUUUGGUUGAUGGGGAAAAGAAACUUGCAAUGUGAUACAUUUAUGAAGCAAUGGAUAGGGCUAAGGAAGCCAUAGCUAAGGCUUUUGGUGAGAGAGAGGAUAAAUUGAGGGAGGCAUUUGAAAUUAUUGAUACGAGGUGGGGAUGCCAAGUCCAUCAACCGUUGCAUGCAGCUGCACACUACUUGAAUCCAGAAUUUUUCUAUUCAAAUCCCAACAUUUUGCAAGAUGAAGAAAUUAUGAUGGGUUUUUACAAAUGUAUUGCAAGGUUACUGCCAACUAUUGAAAUGCAAGAUAAAGUUUCAAAUGAGUUGGAAAAAUAAAAUGCCGCUAGUGGCAUCUUUGGAAUUAGUUUGGUAGUGAGACAAAGGAAGACAAAAGCACUAGCGCAAUGGUGGAUGGCAUAUGGAUCAACAACUCCAAACUUGCAAAAGUUUGCUGUGAAAAUUCUUAGCCUCACGUGUAGUGCUACCGGCUGCGAAAGAAAUUGGAGCAUAUUCCAACAUCUAAGUCACUAGUAUAUCAUGGAUUAAUUAUUAAAGAACAAGAACUACCAAUCUACUGCUUUUUAGAAUCAUUAUUAACCAUAUUACUUUAAACUUUUGCAGCUUCAUAGCAAAAGGAGAAAUAGGCUAUCCCAGCAACGCUUGAAUGAUUUGGUAUUUGUGAAAUAUAAUCGAACUCUGAGGCGUCGAUACGACAAAUGUGACACCAUUGAUCCCAUCCUCCUAAAGGGCAUUGAUGAUAGUAAUGAGUGGUUGAUUGGUAGGAUGGAUGGCGAUUCUGAUGAGGAUGAUGAACUUGUGUUUGAAGAUGAUAAUUUGACUUGGGAUUCUGUUGCUAGAGCUGGUGGACUAAAUAACCCCUCGCAUCACACUAGAUCAAGAAUAAGUACAAAUAUGCCAUCAUCAUCUAGAGGAAGAGGAAGAGGAAGAGCUUCAUCUAGUAGUGCAACCAGUGCUAGGGGUCGGACCACAAUGUUGGAACUUGUAGAUGAGGAUGAAAUCCAAGUGGAUAGUGCAGAGGAGACGGAAGAGGAAAAAGAUGUUGGAGAAAAUAGUUCUAAUGAUGAAGAGGAAGAUGAUGAUAUCUUCGCUGACUUAGUUGAUGAUGAGUGAUGAGUGAUGAUUGAGGAGGAUUUUUAGAUUUUAUACUUUGAAAUCUUUUAUUGUACUCUUUUCUUUUGAUGUUGAA